CUGGUAGAGGGUUGGGUGUUUGAGUUCAGACAGGUUCCGAGGCGCUUCCUGGCUGCGCGGGGUUUGGUGUGACACCCCUCAGGACUUGUUGCAACUCGUCCCCACACACACCCGCCCUUUCUCAGCUCUGCACCCAGUCAGCCCUCAGGAGGUGCGGUCCCGGCCGGAAUGCGCUUCCCUCCGCCGACCUGACGCUCCGCAGAUACAUCUCACUACUGCACGAAUGGACAUUUGAAAGUGCCGUAGUCAAAUGCUUCCAACCAUGGAGACCUCAUCGUUGCUCUCCUCACUGACUGAUGAGUGUAAAUCUGACAACUACAUCGAGCCGCACUACAAGGAAUGGUAUCGAGUAGCCAUUGAUACUCUGAUUGAAUAUGGGCUAGAAGCAUAUCAAGAAUUUCUUGUCAAGGAACGAGUCUCAGACUUCCUAGCUGAGGAAGAAAUUAAUUACAUUUUGAAAAAUGUCCAGAAAGUUGCACAAAAUACAGCACACGGUCCUGAUAAUGCCUGUGAUGAUACCUCCUCCUCAGGGACUUACUGGCCUAUUGAGUCUGAUGUGGAAGCUCCAAAUCUCGACUUGGGCUGGCCAUAUGUGAUGCCUGGACUCUUAGGGGGAACCCAUAUAGACCUCCUCUUUCAUCCACCAAGAGCACACCUACUUACAAUAAAGGAAACUAUUCGGAAGAUGAUAAAAGAAGCCAGAAAGGUUAUUGCUUUAGUAAUGGAUAUAUUUACAGAUGUGGACAUUUUCAAAGAAAUAGUUGAGGCAUCAACUCGAGGGAUAUCUGUAUACAUUCUGCUUGAUGAGUCCAAUUUUAAUCAUUUUCUAAAUAUGACUGAGAAACAGGGUUGUCAAGUUCAACGUCUCAGGAAUAUCCGCGUGCGGACAGUUAAAGGCCAAAACUAUGUUUCAAAAACAGGGGCAAAAUUCCGUGGAAAAAUGGAACAGAAAUUUUUGUUAGUCGACUGCCAGAAAGUGAUGUACGGUUCUUACAGCUAUAUGUGGUCGUUUGAGAAAGCUCACCUCAGCAUGGUGCAGAUAAUCACAGGACAACUUGUGGAGUCCUUUGAUGAAGAAUUUAGAACUCUGUAUGCCAAAUCCUCUGUCCCCAGUUCAUUUGCUCAGGAAGAAUCAGCAAGAGUGAAGCAUGGCAAAGCACUCUGGGAAAACGGCACUUACCAGCAUUCAAUGUCUUCAUUAGCUUCCAUUUCCAGCCAAAGAAACCUUUUUGGUAGACAAGAUAAAAUUCAUAAACUAGAUUCUAGUUACUUCAAAAACAGAGGGAUCUAUGCUCAAAAUGAACAUGACAAAUAUAGCAUCAGAAAUCAUGGCUACAAACCUCAGUUUGUUCCAAACUUUAAUGGUCCCAAUACAGUACGUCAGUUUCAACCUAGUCAGAUAAAUGAAAAUUGGAAAAGGCAUAGUUAUGCUGGGGAACAGCCAGAAACGACGCCGUACCUCUUGCUUAACAGAGCUCUGAAUAGAAGCAAUAAUCCACCUGGCAAUUGGAAAAGGCCUUCAGAUAGUCUCAGUGUGGCCUCUUCAUCUCGGGGAGGCUGUGCAAGCCACAGGAACACACCUGCCCAGAGCUUUGCUGAUCGGCUCGCCCAGCGGAAAACAAACCUUGCAGACAGGAAUUCAAACGUGCGGAGGUCUUUUAAUGGCACAGAUAAUCAUAUCCGCUUUUUGCAACAACGGAUGCCAACCCUUGAGCAUACCACAAGGUCAUUCCUACGUAACUGGAGAAUUGAAUCCUACUUAAAUGAUCAUUCUGAAGCUACACCUGACUCAAAUGGAUCAGCUUUAGCUGAACGAUUUGAGGGCUGUGAUAGUCUUGAGAAUUUGAAAGCCAAUGCCCUUUAUACUCAUUCCCGGCUUCGUUCCUCUUUUGUAUUUAAACCAACUUUGCCUGAGCAACAGGAAGUUAGCAGUUGUACAACGGGCUCCUCCAAUUCAACCAUCAUAGGUUCCCAGGGAAGUGACACACCUAAAGAGGUCCCAGACACCCCUACAGGUGUACAGCAUUUGACAGACAAACCCGUGCCAGAAGCAAUCCCCAAGCUCCCUGCGCAAUUAGAAGCAUCCAAAAUGCACACCUUGCAGGUUCCCGAAAACCGGUCAGCAGUCUUAAACCAAACUACAAAUGGCCACACAGAAUCAAACAACUAUAUAUAUACAACCUUGUGUGUAAAUAAGCCAACAGAAAAUCUAAAGAGUCAACAAAAUGAGCAUCUGCUUAAAAGGCGAAGUUUCCCAUUCUUUGACCACUCCAAAGCCAAUUUAGAUCAUGGCAAUAGUAAGCAUUAUGUAUAUAGUACACUUACCAGGAAUCGAGUGAGACAACCAGAAAAACCCAAAGAAGAUUUGCUAAAAAGUGCCAAAAGCAUGCACAAUGUGACACAUAGUGUGGAAGAGGAGGAAGAGGUUACCAAGAGAGAACCUCCAAGUGGCACCACUUCCAAAUCAGUUUCCAUCGCUGCUUUACUUGAUGUGAAUAAGGAGGAACCCAACAAAGAAUUCACUUCCAAGAAGGAAGUUAAGGGCUCCCCAAGUUUUUUGAAAAAGGGAUCUCAGAAGUUAAGGUCAUUACUUAGCCUUACCCCAGAAAAGAAAGAAAAUCUAUCCAAAAAUAAAGCACCUGCCUUUUAUAAAAUGUGUAGUAGCUCCGACACAUUAGUUUCUGAGAGUGAAGAAAAUCAAAAACCAAAGAAAUCAGAACCCAAAGUCGAUUCAUCUCCUAGAAAAAAGCGUUCUUCCUCAUCAAACUCCCAAGGCAGCAUCCACAAGAGUAAGGAAGAUGUGACAGUUAGCUCAUCUCAGGGAAUACAUUCAGAUGAAGGUAAUAAAGUAAUACCUUCCCCAAGUCCAGUUGAAAGUACUUCCUUGGAAAGGGCGGGAGAUGCCUCUGCCCCAAGAUUUAACACGGAACAGAUCCAAUACCGAGAUACAAAAGAGAUAAAAGCAGUUCUUGCUCCUGAAAGAAGACCGACUCCUUCUCCAAGGCUGAAGCCCAGUGAGCUUCUACGAUCCCAUUCAACCGACCGGCGAGUUUACAGUCGUUUUGAACCAUUUUGUAAGAUCGAGAGCUCUAUUCAGCCAACAGGCAACAUGCCAAAUACCAGUAUAAAUCGCCCAGAAAUAAAAUCUACAACUAUGGGCAACAGUUAUGGCAGAUCCAGUCCAAUGCUUAAUUACAACACUGGUGUUUACCACUCAUAUCAACCAAAUGAAAACAAGUUUCGAGGAUUUAUGCAAAAGUUUGGGAACUUCAUACACAAAAAUAAAUAACAUACUGUAAUUUCAAAUAGCUAUUAAGAUACAAAAAUGAAUGAGGCUAUAAAUGUUUGUCCAAAGAAUACUGUGGGUAGUUUUUUUUUUUAUGUGCCAAUAGAUAUCUGUAAGAACAGAAUUAUAAGUAUAUGUAUAUGUUCACCAGGGUAUUAAUGUAAAGUUAUUAUUCUAUGUGAUAAAGUUAGUAUCCACUAUCAAUGGACUUUCUCUGUAAACAUACAGACUGAAGAUCUUUUAAAGUCUUAAUUAGAAACUUUUGUGGAGAGAUGGUAUGUGGAUUUUAAGCAUUCAUUCUGAAGUCUUUUCUUUUAAAACGAGGAUCAUACUACUAUCAAUGACCCUCUAUAACACAUUUUUAUGGUGUUUUCAUAUCUUGAAAAAUAUAAGAAAAUGGGACAAAACUUUUUGUGUUUUUAAUUAACUUUAAAUUCUACAAGAUUUGUUAUAUUUUAUUAAUGUUUUAUUAAUUUUCCUGUGUAGCAUUGUACAAUUGUUUGGGCAACAAUAGUGCCAUUUAAACUAUAUAACUCUGCACAUUUUUGUUUGCAAAUUGUCAGCUUCGUGUAGUACAAUUACAUUCACUGGAAUUUAUCUUUCUGAGCCUUUGAAAACUGUUCAGGGUGUGCUUCUUUCUAUUCUGAACUCAGGGAGACUAUAUUCUACUUACCUAUCAGCUGCUGAUCUUUUACAGACAUUUUUUUUACUUUAAAUUUGUAUCAAGCCAGUGGGAAUUCAGAAAACCUGAACUAUUCCCCCUCCUUUUUUUCAGUGUAUAAAUGCUUAUAGAAUUAUAAACUUCUGCCUGAUUUUUUUUAUGUUAGAUUAGCAUUACAGUGCUGAGAUGUUUUGCUUGCAACAAUUUUUGCUCUUUUUUUAAGUUAUGCCAAAUAUGGUAUAACUGCAUAGUGUGUUCAUAAAAGUACUUUGCAGAAAAUGAGAAAUGGGGCCUGGCUUAGUUUUUUCAUUAUUUGAUGAUGAUGUUCAGAUCGUGAGACACCCUUCGCCUUUCUUAGGGUAAUGAAAUAAAAGCUCCAUAUCCACUCCAGAGACUUUAACUUGGCUUUACUUCUUUCACAAAUGACAGAAUUCAAGAAACAGUGCAUCAUGUGAGAAGUAUGAAGUGUUUUUACAUCACUUUAAACAUUCUACGUAAUAUAUUCUAAGUUGCUAUGGGGGCAGUUUUAAAAAUGCAAGUUUUAGUCAAAUAUGAAUAUGUGAUGAAAUAAUUUUCGAUAGUAUUUAAAAGCCAUGAAAAGAAACAUGACAAGAUAAAAUACAAUGGGGGCAAGAGGAACCUAACAAAGUCUAGAACACACAGGUAACUAAACUAGAUGGAUUUAAUAUUACCCAUUUUUGGUUAGUAUUGGGUGAGGAAUCUUUUAGAGCUAAGAGGAUAAUGAACUAUUAAUAAUUACCAUUAGCCAGCUCUGAAAUGGAAAGCCCUGAAAUUUAGUGCAAUGUAAGUUUAAAGCUGAAAUUGUGUAAAGAAAUUUAAUUACGUUUAAUUACAAGGAAAAGCCUGUUACCUUUUUGUACAGCAAUUUCCUUAAUUUCUGGAAACAUAGCUUAUAGAAAAUAUCCUUUUAAAUAAUUCCUAAGCUCAUCCUCUGCAAUGGAAUUGGGAAGUGCAUGAUGCUUUAUUUCAUCCACCCAUGACAGGAAACUUAGGCUUUUGCAUAGCAGAUUUAUUGUCCCCUGCCUUUUUGCAUUGGCUAUUUUCCCUCUAUUUUUUUUUCCUCCAUAAACAUUUGUAUGUCAGAAUCUGUACAUAAUAACUUUCUCAAGUUUCCAUGACUGAUAAACUCCCCACAGUUAAGACUGACCAAGAACACGAUACUUCAAAAACUGUACUCAACAUUUCAGUUUAAAACAGAUACUAUCACAGAUUGUGGAUGUAAUAGUUUCAAAAUAUAUACUUCCUUUUUCUUCCCAUAUUAAUGUUGAGGGAAAGAUAAUGUUACUUAGAUGUACUUUCAUAUUAAAGUUUGAUAAUAUAAUUUUACUCUGCAUAGUACUGUACAUUAAUACAUAAGCAGAAACUCAAGAAAGUAGGUAUGAUUUCAAAGUAGUUCUCGGCAGAUGGCUUCAGAAUAGUGUAAGUGACCCUAUAUCCUGAAUACACUGAUAUCAUCCCUCUAUUAUAAUGAUGGAGAUUGGCCAUGAUUCUGACAUGAUGUGUUAAGGUAUGGGUAUAUGUUGUCAGUCUAUACUUGUGGAAGCAAAUAUCUGGUUUAGUCGAGAUAAUGUCUAGUGCGAUCUAGAUAAACAAUGGAAAAAGAUUUAAAAAAAAUGAAUUCUGUUUGUGUUCAACUUGACUCAAGAUCUCUCUAGUUAUUCAAGUAUUAUCCCACAGAUAUUUCUGUGGUUUGUGAAUAACUGUUGAUUCUUAAUGUGCCUAUGCCUAAGGGAUACAAAGUAGAAUUGUUUUAUAUUGACUAUGUGUUGACUUAUGUGAUGCUGUUUAAAAAAAAAAAACAAAACUUUAUCAUAAUAUUCAGGUAGGUUUUAGAAUAUUUAAGACAAAAAGGAUGAAAUGAUAAACCAAAGAGUCAACUUGUCAGCUAUUUUUUUUCUUUUUUUAGAGAUGGGGGUCUCCCUGUGUCACCAGGCUGGACUCUAAUUCUUGGGCUCAAGUGAUCCCCACCCCCA